AGUGAGCUGCCUUGGGGAUGCAGCAGGUAUGCUUCUAGCAGGCACGACGGAGCUUAUGGAAGCUUGCUUGGUUGCGCGCGCCUUGCAUUUCCUCUUUCUCACGUUCGUGUAUACCUAGAGGCACCUCCUCAAUCUGCCCUGUCCCCACCAGGACAAUUUCCUUGCAGAGAAAAUGUCAACGAACACCUAAGAUCACGAACUCUGUCUUGCACAAAAUGGCCACUAGGAACCUCUUAAACUUCAGCCUUAGCCUUGUUUUCCACGUCUCCAUGGCUGUGGCAUCAUCAUCAUCAUCAUCAGCCCAAUUGACCCUCACCAUCGGCUCCCCCUCCAACCCCCCCUUCGGCCUCCCGCCCUCCGACUUCGCCCUCGCCAUCGCCCACCCCGUCUCCAACGCCUCAUUCCCAACCACGGGCUACAACACCUCCAUCCCCGCCGGCCCCGCCGACGCCACUGGCAGUGAAGUUCCCGGGUGGUAUCUCUCCAUCAGCGUGGCAGCCAACAUACCCUUGACCAACGCAUCCGACACCUCCUCCUCCUCCAUAUCGGCAAAAGACAAGAAGAGCAAAUUCACCGAGGCGGCAGUCCUGUCGCUUGUGCCUCCUUCUACCCACCGACAGGAAGGACUAGACGCCGAAAGCUGGAGGGUGUGCGCCAUCGUGUUUACCGGGGGUCUAUCGGACGAGACGACGGAGACGGCGCAGACCGCGAGGUUGGACGGCACUUGUGCGGCGUUGCUGCCGAAGAUCGAUAGCAGCAACUUUGAUCAAAGCAAUCGACGGUAUUCCUUCUUUGCGGGGGCUUCGGCUCCAGCUGGCAAAGACAACGCCUCGGCGCUUGUGGCUAUGGAGCGCGUGCCGCGAAGAAUGCAGGAAUGGGCAGGGGAAAGUUUAUGUGGGCUUUGA